GAAACGUACGCAGUAAGUUUCUCGACUGGUUGGUCGGACGCAAGGAAAGUAACGAAAUUUGAAUUUAGUCUAAAAUAAUUAUUUUGAAACGAUUCUAAAUGCUAUGUCACAGGGCAAUGCCUCAAACAUACAUUUAACUACCAAAAACAGGCAUGACAAGACAGAGCAAGCAUCAACCAUGGCAGCAGCAAAGGGGGAGACACACGUAAACUGGGAACCUGUCGUACCUCUAGGUCCUGAACUAGCGUUUCACACAGGCUGCAUCAUCAAAAACUGCUUAUAUUUACAUGGUGGCAUAACAAGCCAAGGAAGCACCAGCCCAUCAGGCAAACUACAUCGACUUGACCUAUCUCAGCAAAUAUGGGAAGUAGUGAAUGCUUCUGGUAGUCCUACACUUAGUCACCAUGCUUGCAUUGCAUUAAAUGAUCGAUAUGUUCUUCUCAUUGGAGGCUGGGAUGGCAAAUCCCGAACAGGAACGUUGCAUGCUUACGAUACUGCAGCCAAUUCAUGGCUGUGCCCUGAACAAACUGGCUUCCCAACUGACGCAGGCCUCAGCUCCCAUACUGCUAAUCGUAUGGGUGAUGGCAGCAUCUUGAUUCUAGGCAGGGAGGGAAGCAGACGCACCCAAAGACGAACUGGAAAUGCUUAUUUACUACAAGGUAGUGUUGAAAAGGGAUUUACAUUUUCUGAAUACAGUCGGUCAACUACGUCACGAUCUGGUCACAGCACACACAUAAUUGGAUCAAAACUGUAUGUCAUCGGCGGUAGAGAUGAUAAACUGCUCGAGUUUCAAAAUGGAUUUUCCGAUGGGUCCAUUGGUCCAGCCACAUCUCUAAAAAAUCUUAACACCCUCGGCAAACAGUUAAAACCCAUGUCUAAAUUACCAUGUGGUCGAAGACAUCAUGUGUCAAUGUAUGGAUCAGACGUCAUUUUUGUUCAUGGUGGAGAAACAUUUGAUGGCAGGAGUAGAGAUCCUGUUGGUGAGAUGUUCUUUGUAAAGUUGAAACCAGAAAUAACCUUUUACAAACUAGGAGACUGCCGUGUUAAAAGGGCUGGGCAUAUUUGUUUUACUGAUGGAGAGCAUGUAUACAUCCAUGGGGGAAUUACUGGUAAAACAUCAGUGUGCGGAGAUUUGCUAAAACUUGUUGUGUAACCUUGGUAAUUGUAUCUGUUGGAUUUGUUUCCCAAAUCUAUUGCCUUUAUUCAGUCUUGGAUCAGACAGUCAGUUCUCUGUGAGAGAGGGAAAGUGGAAGGAACAGAAAUCUAAGGUGCUGUAAUUCAUUAUGUGGAGUUGUAUCUCUUUGCUUCGACUCGAAUCCAAGAUCCAGUGUCUUUGUGAGUGAGUUGGGUUUUACGCCGCUUUUAGCAAUAUUCCAGCAAUAUCACAGCAAGGGUCACCAAAAAUGGGCUUCACAUUGUACCCAUGUGGGGAAUUGAACCCUGGCAUUCAGUGUGA